CAGAGACCUUCACUUUGUUCUCCCUCCGCCGCACUGCUACCACUUGCCCCCUGCAUCACUGACCUCUUGGAACCAACAACGUUUCAAAGAAACAAACGAUGGAGAAACAAACCACCGAUAAAUCACGCCGAGAACGAAGGAAAGAGUCCCGCUUGGCAAAAAAUGCAUCAAAACACCAAUCCUGGCUCCUCCACCAGAAAUCUCGAGCUAUGAAAAGAAGUGACAAUAAUUCAGAGUUAAAAGCUAAAAGCAAAUCAGAUAUAACAGUUAGUACUAGUGUUGAGGAAACACAAGUUGUCAAGUUAGAAUCUUACACUACGAAACAUGAGACAGUUGAAGAAGAAUGCACUGUGUCAGGGGAACUUGGUGGUUCUGUUGCAAAGAAAAUGAAGAAAAUGAGCAAGGGUUCUCACAAAAGUUCUAGGAAGACGAUGUCCGAGAUGGGUGUUACAGAGAUUUCUGUGGCUGCAAUGAAGGAUCUAGAAUUGGAAAGAAAGCUUUUCAAGAAGCUUAAGGUGAAGGAAGGAAAAUUGAGGGGAGUGGAUGAUGGGUUGAACAUAUUACUUGAAGGAAUGUCAUCUGUUGUUGAUUGCUUGGGGGACGGGGAGGUUCAUGGUGCUACUGAAUUGCCUGUGAAGAGAUUGAAGAAGAGCUUAUCAAGUAAGAAGGACAAAGUGUUGAAGAAAAGGAUGAAAGUAGAAUCAAUGGAUGGUGUAUCAGGACCUGUAGAAGCUUCUAAUCAAGAUGUAACAUUGGAAGUAGCUCAUGAUAGCAUGCCUUCAGGGAAGAAGCAUAAGAAAAGAAAGUUGUCUCGUCAACAGCAGGAAGAUAAUGUGGAGGAUGAUGCUGUUUGUGUAUCCAACCCUGAGGAAUCCUGUCGAACGGAGGUGAAAUUGGGGGAUGCUCCUGCUGAAGUUCCUGUAAAGAAAGCUAAAGAAAAAUAUAUUGCACCUCACUUGAGAGCUCGAGCUGGCAGUGAACCUGAAGAGCAUACUCAAAUUCGAAGACGUGUGCGAGGUCUUCUUAACAGGCUUUCUGAAUCUAAUGUUGAGUCAAUUACUGGAGAAUUGUCCUUGAUCUUUCAGUCUGUUUCGCGUAGUGUUGCUUCACAAAUCGUGACCGAGGAAAUUUUAGCAUCAUGUUCUGGUGGCCCUCGUGGCAAUCAACAGUAUGCUGCUGUUUUUGCUGCAUUUGUUGCUGGCAUGGCCUGUUUGGUUGGUGUUGACUUCAGUGCAAAGUUUAUGGCUGCCUUCGCCAAAUGUUUUGAGGAUGAGUACAACAAAGAAGACAAUCUCUCCCUGCGGAAUCUUACUCUUCUCUUUUCCUAUUUAUGCAUAUUUGGAGUCUGUGCCAGUGAUUUAAUAUAUGACUUUCUUAUCAUGCUGAGCAAGCGUUUAAUUGAGAUAGAUGUCUCUAUCAUUUUGACAGUGUUACAAUGUUGUGGGAUGAAAAUCAGGGCUGAUGAUCCAGCUGCCAUGAAAAAUUUCAUUCUUAGUGUUCAGAACACAUCAAAUAAGUUGAAGGCUUCUGCUGGAGAUGACCAUGAAAAGAAAACUAGUAAAAGAAUGGAGUUCAUGCUUGAAAUCAUAUAUGAUAUCAAGAACAACAAAAGAAAGCCAAAUGAGGACCCUGCACAUCACACUCGGAUUAAAAAGUGGUUACAGAAGUUGAGAGUUGAUGACAUUUUGAUUAGAGGGCUUAAAUGGAGCAAAUUACUUGAUCCUGACAAGAAGGGCCAAUGGUGGUUGUCUGGAGAUGUGGCUACUGCAACAGAUGAUGUUGAAGAAGUUGCCAACAGAAUAGACAAAGAUGUUCUUGAAACACAGCGAAUGCUGCAGCUUGCUGCUGCUCAAAAGAUGAACACAGAUGCCAGAAGGGCAAUCUUUUGUAUAAUAAUGAGUGGGGAGGACUAUGUUGAUGCAUUUGAGAAGCUUCUAAGAUUGGAAUUACCAGGCAAGCAGGACAGAGAUAUCAUGCGGGUUCUUGUGGAGUGUUGCUUGCAAGAGAAAGUUUUUAACAAGUAUUAUACAGUGCUGGCUUCCAAGUUGUGUGAGCAUGACAAAAAUCACAAGUUCACUCUACAGUUUUGCCUGUGGGACCACUUUAAGGAACUCGAGUCAAUGCCACUUAUGAGGUCAAUGCACCUGGCAAAAUUUGUGGCUGAAAUGGUUGCCUCUUUCACUCUCUCCCUUGCAGUUUUGAAGACUCUGGAUCUGAAUGAUAUCACCCUAUUGACACCAAGAAGGAUUAUGCAUUUCCGCAUUUUGUUUGAGGCCAUUUUUGAGUAUCCUGAAAACUUGGUAUGGAACAUUUUCACACGUGCAGCAGUGACCCCUGAACUUGAAAGUCUUAGACAAGGCAUGGAGUUUUUCAUAAAGGAGCACGUUGUGAAAACCAAUACAGCUCUGUCUCAAAAAUUUAAGUUAGCAAAAAGAGCCCUUAAUAAUGUGGAGGGUGUUUUGAUGUGAAUGUAAAUAUGUAUUUACCCAAUUUUGUAACUUAUUGCAGUAAAAAAAUUUAUCCAUUUUUUCGUUGGCACGUGCAAGCUAGGUUACUAGUCGCAUUGUUGCUGCUGCAUCUAAGAUCAACAUCAAAGCCACGAUUUAGUUUACU